GAUGGCGGCCCAGGCCGCCUCGAGUAUGAGUGAAAUAUCUUCAUCUGCAAACGGUUCUGAUGCAACCAAGCGGCCUGGAACACCGCAGAUAACACCAUCAGAGCUCAGCCGUCCAGCUAAUUUACAAAGAAUUGCCCAGAGGAAAGCGCAAAUAAAGACUUAUCCGAUCAGAAAAAAGCUAGAGAAACUGGGUGUAUAUUCCUCAUGUAAAGCUGAAGAUUCUUGUAAAUGUAAUGGAUGGAAGAAUCCUAACCCACCACCAACACCUACCAGAGUGGAUCUUUCUCAACCUCUCGCAAACCAAACAGACCCAUGUCGGAGCUGUGGCCACACCUUAGGAGCACACAUCUCUCAUUUACAUGACAUUCCAGAAGAUGAGCUUAACCGACUUCUCUGCAUGGUCAUUGAUGUUGAGAACUUAUUUAUGUGCGUACAUAAGGAGGAAGAUGCUGAUACCAAACAAGUUUACUUUUACCUAUUUAAAAUUCUGAGAAAGGGAAUUCUGCAGAUGUCGAAUGUAACAGUGGAAGGCCCUCUUGGUACACCUCCAUUUGAGAAGCCAAGCAUUGGCAAGGCUGUCCUUAACUUUGUGCUAUACAAGUUUGGUCACCUUCCACAAAGGGAGUGGCAGAUAAUGCAUGAUCUAGCUAAGAUGUUUUUACAUUGCUUAAAUCACUGGAAGCUUGAGACACCAACUGUAAAGAAACAGCACUCCCAGGGUGAAGAACUUGCAGCAUAUAAAGCCAAUUACACAAGAUGGCUAUGCUACUGCCAAGUUCCUGUGUUCUGUGACAGUUUAAAGAAAUAUGAUCCCACUGCUGUGUUUGGAAGGACACUAUUAAGAUCAGUGUUCUCAGUCAUGAGAAGACAGCUCUUGGAGAAAUUCAGAGCAGAAAAAGAGAAAAUGCCGCCUGAUAAGAGAACUAUUGUCUUGACUCACUUCCCAAGAUUUCUGUCAAUGUUAGAAGAAGAAGUGUAUGGUGAGAACUCUCCUGUAUGGGAUGAUGACUUCACUGUUCCCCAGUCGCUGUCUCUAGGUCCAUCAAGACUUGUUUCUCCUUUGACUCCAUUAACAGAUAAAGGGGAUUCCUUGGUAGCUACAGCUAGCUCUGCAGUUGGCUCAAGUUUAUCUUCAAUGUCAUCCAUGCUUCAACUGUCCAGUUCUACCUCACCAACAGAAGGGGAUGUGCCUGUUGAAGUUUUAACUCAGAUUGUUGCGACAAUAUCAGAUCCUUCUGCCAUGCUAGGCCCUGAGGGGGGCCUUUAUCCUGGUACCCAUAGCGCACGUGAUGAGGCAGCGCGCUGCGAGGAGAGAAGAGGUGUCAUCGAAUUUCACGUCGUCGGAAAUUCAUUCACGAGACAGCCCUCAAGGCAGACACUACUUUGGCUGGUUGGAUUACAAAACGUGUUCUCUUAUCAGUUGCCAAGGAUGCCCAAAGAAUACAUCUCUAGACUUGUGUUUGACCCGAAACACAAGACUUUAGCUCUGGUGAAGGACAACAAACCCAUCGGUGGAAUUUGCUUUCGUAUGUUCCCCACUCAGAAUUUCACAGAAAUCGUGUUCUGUGCCGUCACUUCGAAUGAGCAAGUCAAGGGCUAUGGAACACAUCUAAUGAACCACCUCAAGGACUAUCACGUCAAACAUUCUGUUCUGAAUUUUCUCACUUACGCCGACGAGUACGCGAUAGGUUACUUCAAAAAACAGGGGUUCAGUAAGGAUAUUAGAAUGCAGAAGUCAUCCUACAUUGGUUAUAUUAAAGACUACGAAGGUGCCACGUUAAUGCAUUGCGCUAUCAAUUCGCGGAUCCAGUACACUGAAUUCUCCACGAUCAUCAGAAAACAAAAAGAGAUCGUUAAACAACUGAUGGAGAAGAAACAAACUGAAAUCCGUAAAGUGUACCCCGGGCUCAAGUGUUUUCAAGAAGGAGUAAGACAAAUCCCCGUAGAGAGUAUACCAGGAAUCCGUGAAACGGGAUGGAAGCCAUCCUUAACGAAGAGUGAGGAUGACACAGCUGAUGCUGACCACCUACAGACUCAACUAAAAAACAUCCUGACACAAGUCAAGAAUCAUGCCAGCUCGUGGCCUUUCCAAAGACCAGUGGAAAUCUCUGAAGCACCCGAUUAUUAUGAUCACAUCAAAUACCCAAUGGAUCUUCGCACGAUGACCGAUAGGUUAAAAAGUGGUUAUUUCAGCUCGAAGAAGCUGUUUAUCGCCGACAUGAUGAGAAUUUUCACAAACUGCCGAACCUAUAAUGCUCCGGAGACUGAGUACUACAAGUGCGCAAAUACUGUGGAGAGAUUUUUCCUCAGUAAAAUUAAAGAACUCAGAAAGACGAACUGAGCUCCAAUGCCGCAUCAUCUUUCAACCCCAGAGUUGAUUUUCAAGAAGUGAAACUUUUCCUUUGCUAUCAAAACAAUAUCCAGCAAGCAACCACGCCGAAAGAAUGGUUUUGUUUUAAUUCUCUGUACUAAUUUAAAUCAACGCUUACCAGCCGCAAGAAGGGAGCAUUGCCAAAUAGAUCGUAGAAGUUGUAGAUUUUUUUCGGAAACACGCUGUCUCUGACAGAGCAGUACCUCGUUCCCAGGAUCUCUCUUCUUCUUGCUUCAGAGGACGUGAAAUGAUAUGAAAGGAGAAGGUGGACGAGGUUAAACUUGGAUACGAAAAAAAUGGAUGAACGAAUGGAACUUAAAAUGAACAGAAAAAA